AUGUCCCGCCAAACUAUGUUUGUUUGUGUCUGUCCUAACUCAGGAGGCUCUACAUUGGAAGUUGCUAAGCACAAACAAACAAAGCAAUCAACGAAUGAACACCCAACAGACAGACUUUCUUCUAGUGCUGUAGAUGGCGAUUAUGACCAGCGUCUAACUGAUACACAAGAUGCUUGUUCACAUACACAUGUUGGAGAUGAACCUUCAUGGUGGGCAGUGGAUCUUGGUGCUAUUUAUGACAUUAGUAACGUUGUUGUCUUUGGAAGAACUGACUGCUGCACUGAACGACUUUCAAAUUUUGUCAUUGAAGUAUUUAGACCAUGCCGGAAUAAAACUUCCUGGUUUGAUGAUAGUAUUGUAACUCUCUGCCAUCAUCAACAGGAGAAAAUAGCUCAUUUAGAUGCUGCAUGCCCGGAACAGACAGUGGGGAAGUAUGUUCGCAUACGACUUAAAGAUAGAAAUUAUUUAGCACUUUGUGAAGUUGAAGUUCACGGAACAUUCGUUGAAAAUGUUUAUUCUGCCACUUUUCCUCACACUUGUGGAUUUCCAGGUCACAAAUACGAUGGCAACGGUGAAGCUGUUUGGAGCGCAAUAGUUAACAGUGAAGUGCAGUGUACCUUUAUGUGUGCCAUCAUGAACAUCUGUCACGCAGCAAACUUCAACAUGAAGACCUCCAUUUGUAGUCUAAUGGAAAGAGAAAUUAGAGCUAACGUCGUUGUCAAAUCUGACCAUACGGUAUUUUUGGUCAAUUAA